GUGGUUGCCUGGUCGGAGUAUAUUCUAGAGAGAACAACGGUAUUGUUGUUGUUGGUGUUUGUUAGGUUUCGACGGAGUAUACGAAGAUCUUCUCCGCUUGAAAACCCUAAUUUGGUUUCCAUUAUAUCAUCAGCCCUUCUCAUCGAAAAUAAAAUCUCCAUCUGUAAAUCUCUAUUUUCACCUCAAAAUGAGUAGUUCAGUUGCUUUAUCACCACCAUCAACACCAUUUCUCAAACCACGAAACUUUAUAAAUGGAAGAGGAAUAAGAAUUAUUAACCCUGUUACCCGAAGUUUAAGUUUCAAUCCAAUUCGUUUUUCUUCACAGAAAUCAAACGAUCUAGUUAGUAGUUCCAGUAAUGGAGUUUCUUCGUUUUGUGGCCCUAGAUCUUCUUCUUCUUCAUGGAGUUCGAUACCUUCACUUGUAUCUUCAGAUCGUGAAAAUAACAACAAGGACUUUAGAAUUAAAGCAACUCCUGUACCUGAAAGUGCUGGUGCUGGAGAAACAGCUCAAGAGAAAUCUAGUGGUUUGAUGCAGACUUUACAGCUUGGAUCUCUUUUUGGUCUUUGGUAUCUUUUUAAUAUCUACUUCAACAUAUAUAACAAACAGACAUUGAAGGUUUUCCCAUACCCGGUAACAAUUACAACAUUUCAGUUUCUUGUUGGGACUGUUUUUGUCCUUCUCAUGUGGACAAGUAAUUUGUAUAAGAGACCUAAGAUUACUACAUCUCAGCUUGUUGCAAUCCUGCCAUUGGCUGUAGUGCAUACGAUGGGUAACCUUUUCACUAACAUGAGUCUAGGGAAAGUUGCCGUGUCAUUUACACACACAAUCAAAGCUAUGGAGCCUUUUUUCUCGGUUGUUCUCUCUUCAAUGUUUCUUGGCGAGGUUCCUACCCUUUGGGUGAUCUCAUCCCUUAUACCCAUUGUUGGUGGAGUGGGUUUGGCGUCAAUGACCGAAGCAUCUUUCAAUUGGGCAGGGUUUUGGAGUGCAAUGGCAUCCAACGUGACAUUCCAAUCACGUAAUGUACUUAGCAAAAAGUUCAUGGUUAAGAAAGAGUCAUCUCUUGAUAACAUAACCUUGUUCUCGAUAAUAACAAUCAUGUCACUGUUCCUCCUGGCUCCCGUGGCUCUUGUAAUGGAAGGCGUUAAGUUUACUCCUGCACACUUAACAUCAGUUGGCUUGAAUGUUAAGGAGGUAUUUACCAGAGCUCUCUUUGCCGGCCUCUGCUUCCAUGCAUACCAACAGGUUUCUUAUAUGAUAUUACAGAGAGUGUCUCCUGUUACACAUUCAGUUGGAAAUUGUGUAAAGAGGGUGGUGGUCAUUGUGACGUCGGUUCUCUUUUUCAGAACACCCGUAUCCCCUAUCAAUUCUCUUGGUACUGGGAUAGCUCUAGCUGGUGUAUUUCUAUAUUCAAGGGUGAAGGGGAUUAAGCCAAAGCCAAAGACAACAUAAGUUGCUUGUUAGUUGUAAUUUUUCUUUUUCGUAUGGAGUAAUUAGUUAUGUUGGGAUGGUUUAUUCUUUUUUGUACUCAAAGCGGAGGAAUGUUUUUUUGAACAUCAGUCAUGUUUUAGAUUUGUCUUUUCUUUUUAAUGAACGAGCAAAUACAGUCGUGCUAAAUCUGAAUCAAAAACACAUUCAGCGAUUAGAAAGGUCA